AGCACAGCCUCCGCCAUGGACGUCCUGACAGCCUGGGCCGUCACCAACCCGGCGGUGGCCCGGCUCCUCUGGGUGCUGGUUCUGGUGCUGGCCACCCUUCUGGUCUGGCUCUUCUUCUUCUGCUGCUACAGUUGGAACCAGACAUCCUCGCCCUCCCUGGAGCGGUACCUGGCAGUGAUGGCAAAGCAUUCCAAAUCUAAAGCGCCGGCCCAGAGGAAGAAAAAGCCCAAAGAGAAGCCAGCUGCUUGUGUCCAGUCCGGGGAAGCUGUGGUGAAGCAGCCGGUGGCACAGGACACACCGUGUCCGGCAGUCAGGAAGAGGAAGAGACGACCUCAGAGAGUCGCCGUGGAAACGGUGACGGCAGUAAGAUCGCAGAAGACUAUGGAGGAGGGGAAGGAGAAGCCCAAGAGGAGGCCUCUGGUUAGGGCCGCGUCGGAGGAGAGCUCCAGCGACCUGAGCUCAUUGGGUCACUCUCCAUCUCCCGGGGACACGCUGCCCUGGAACCUGCCCAAACACCACCGCAUGAAGCGCUCCAAGUCGGCCUCUGGAGAUGUGCUGGAACCCGCGGAGAGGGCCGUCAUCCGCAUCGCAGAUGAACGGGACCGAGUUCAGAAAAAGACCUUCACCAAAUGGGUCAACAAGCACCUGAUGAAGCACUGGCGGGCAGAGACGCAGAGACACAUCACUGACCUGUACGAGGACCUCAGAGAUGGACACAACCUCAUCUCCCUGCUGGAGGUGCUCUCUGGAGAGACACUGCCGAGGGAACGCGACGUUGUGAGGAACGUGCGGUUGCCGCGGGAGAAAGGCAGAAUGCGCUUCCACAAGCUGCAGAAUGUACAGAUCGCCCUGGACUUUCUCAAACGCAGACAAGUCAAACUGGUCAACAUCAGGAAUGACGACAUUGCAGAUGGAAACCCCAAGCUGACCCUGGGGCUCAUAUGGACCAUCAUCCUUCACUUCCAGAUCUCCGACAUUCAGGUGAACGGCCAGUCGGACGACAUGACCGCCAAGGAGAAGCUGCUGCUCUGGUCCCAGAGGAUGGUGGAGGGGUACCAGGGCCUGCGCUGCGACAACUUCACCACCGGCUGGAGGGACGGCAAGCUCUUCAACGCCAUCAUACACAAACACAGACCCGCUCUGAUUGACAUGAGUCAAGUGUACCGACAGAGCAACCAGGAGAACCUGGAGCAGGCCUUCAGCGUGGCAGAAAGAGAGCUGGGCGUCACCCGCCUGCUGGACCCUGAGGAUGUGGAUGUUCCCCAUCCAGACGAGAAAUCCAUCAUCACAUACGUCUCCUCUAUGUAUGACGCCAUGCCGAGGGUACCAGACGUCCAGGACGGUGUCAGAGCCAACGAGCUUGAGCUUCGUUGGCAGGAGUAUUAUGAGCUGGUCACCAUGCUGCUGCAGUGGAUCAGACACCACAUCCACGUCUUUGAGGAGCGGAAGUUCCCCACCAGCUACGAGGAGAUUGAGGUUCUUUGGCGUCAGUUUCUGAAGUUUAAAGAAACUGAGCUUCCUGCUAAAGAGGCAGACAAGAACCGUUCAAAACACAUCUUCAAGUCUUUUGAGGGUGCUGUUCAGGCAGGUCAUGUCAAAGUGCCGCCAGGUUACCAUCCCUUUGACGUGGAGAAGGAAUGGGGCCGUCUGCACAUUGCCAUACUGGAGCGAGAGCGUCUCCUCAGGACCGAGUUUGAGAGGCUGGAGCGACUUCAGCGGGUCGUCAGUAAGGUCCAGAUGGAGUCGGGUGUGUGUGAGGAGCAGCUCAACCAGGUGGAGACUCUGCUGCAGACGGACGUGAGGAUGCUGAGCUCAGGGAGACCUGCUCAGCACACGGCAGAGAUGGAUGCAGAUCUGGACAAAGCAGAAGGAAUGAUCCGCUUCCUCUUCAAUGAUGUUCAAUUGCUUAAAGAUGGACGCCACCUUCAGGCUGAACAGAUGUAUCGCAGAGUGUACCGGCUCCACGAGAGGCUGGUGAACCUCCGCAGCGAGUACAACCUGCGCCUCAAGUCCGGUGUGACCACCACCCAGAUCCCCAUGACUCAGGUCCACACCGCCCAGGUCACCACCCUGCAGCAGGCCCCCAUGAGGGUGCGGCCUGAGCUGGAUGAGGUCACCAUGCGUUACAUCCAAGACUUGCUGGGCUGGGUGGAGGAAAACCAGCGGCGGGUGGAUGACGGCGAGUGGGGCUCCGACCUGCCCACCGUCGAGUCCCAGCUGGGCAGCCACCGUGGCCUGCACCAGUGUGUGGAGGAGUUCCGCUCCAAGAUCGAGAGGGCAAAGGCGGAUGAGAGUCAGAUCUCACCUGUCAGUAAAGCUGCCUAUCGUGAGUAUUUGGGAAAACUGGAGCUGCAGUACAGCAAGCUCAUGAACGCCUCAAAGGCCCGUCUGCACUACCUGGACCAGCUCCACGCCUUUGUCAUUGCAGCCACCAAAGAGCUGAUGUGGCUCAACGACAAAGAGGAGGAGGAGGUCAACUGCGACUGGAGUGAACGAAACACCAACAUGACAGCCAAGAAAGACAACUACUCGGGUUUGAUGAGAGAUCUGGAGCACAGGGAGAAGAAGAUGAACGAUGUCCAGGCUACGGGAGACAAACUGCUGAGGGACGGUCACCCCGCCAAGAAGACUGUUGAGGCCUUCACUGCAGCUCUGCAGACUCAGUGGAGUUGGAUCCUCCAGCUGUGCUGCUGUGUCGAAACCCACCUGAAGGAAAACACUGCCUACUACCAGUUUUUCUCUGACGUGAAGGAGGCUGAGGACAAAAUCCAAAAGAUGCAGGACGCAAUGAAGAGGAAGUACACCUGCGACCGCUCCAUCACCGUCACGCGGCUGGAGGAUCUACUGCAGGAUGCAGCUGAUGAAAAGGAGCAAAUGACUGAAUUUAAAACUCACCUGGAAGGCCUGAAGCGAAGGGCCAAGACCAUCGUCCAGCUGAAGCCACGUAACCCCGCGACUGCAAUAAAGGGCAAACAGCCCGUGCAGGCUGUCUGCGACUUCAAGCAGAUGGAGAUCACAAUCCACAGAGGAGACGAGUGCGCUCUGUUGAACAACUCGCAGCCUUUCAAGUGGAGGGUGCUGAAUGACAAAGGCAGCGAGGCGUCUGUACCCUCCAUCUGCUUCCUGGUUCCACCCACCAACAAGGACGCUGUGAACAGUGUUGCCGGACUGGACGGAAACCUCCAGAGGCUGCAGACAAUGUGGCAGACGAUGUUUGUGGACAUGAAGAGCAUGUUGUCCUGGCAGUACCUGAUGAGAGACAUCAACAUCAUCAAGACCUGGAACGUCACCAUGUUUAAGACCCUGACGGUGGAGGAGUACCGUCUGGCUCUGAGGAACCUGGAGGUGCACUACCAGGACUUCUUGAGAGACAGCCAGGACUCCCAGAUGUUUGCGGCGGAGGACCGCAUGCAGGUCGAGUCCAACUACAACAGAGCCAACCAGCACUACAAUACAAUGGUCAGCUCUGCAGAGCAAGGCUAUGUGCCUCCCAGAGCAGGAGAGCAAGACGAGUCGAUGUGUCACACGUACCUGACGAAGAUCAAAGACCUUCGUCUGAAGCUGGAGGGUUGCGAGAGUCGAACAAUGACCCGUCUCCGCCAGCCUGUGGACCGAGAGCCGCUCAAAGCCUGCGCCUUGAAGACUACAGAACAAAUGAGAGUCCAGUCUGAGUUGGAGGGCUUAAAGAAAGACUUGAACUCCAUCAGUGAGAAGACUGAGGAGGUCCUGGCGUCUCCUCAGGAGACCAGCUCCGCCCCGAUACUGCGCUCCGAACUGGACCUCACGCUGAGGAAGAUGGACCACGUCUACGGACUCUCCUCCGUCUACCUGGACAAACUGAAGACCAUCGAUGUCGUCAUCAGAAACACUAAAGACGCGGAGGACACACUGAAGAGUUAUGAGACUCGUCUGCGCGAUGUUAGCAAAGUACCAGCCGAGGAGAAGGAGGUGGAGGACCAGCGCAGUCAGCUGAAGGCGAUGCAUGCUGAAGCGGAAGGCGAUCAGGUUAUUUUCGACCGCCUGCAGGGCGAGUUGAAGAAGGCGACCGUCGUCAACGACAAGAUGACGAGGAUCCACAGCGAGCGGGACGCCGAGCUGGAGCAUUACCGCCAGCUGGUCAACAGCCUGCUGGACCGCUGGCAGGUCCUGUUUGCUCAGAUGGACCUGAGGAGGCGCGAGCUCGACCUCCUCGGGCGCCACAUGAACUCCUACAAGGAAAGCUACGAGUGGCUCAUCCACUGGCUCGGACAGGCGAGGCAGAGGCAGGAGAAAAUUCAAGCUGUGCCCAUCGGUGACAGCAAGGCCCUCAAGGAGCAACUGGCAGAGGAGAAGAAACUCCUGGAAGAGAUUGAGAAAAACAAAGACAAGGUUGAAAAUUGCCAGAAAAAUGCAAAGGCUUACAUUGAUUCAGUCAAGGAUUACGAGUUCCAGAUUUUGACCUACAAAGCCCUCCAGGAUCCAACAGCAUCUCCUAUAAAGAAACCCAAAAUAGAGUGUGCAUCUGAUGAUAUCAUUCAAGAGUACGUCACUCUGAGAACCCGCUACAGUGAGCUGAUGACUCUCACCAGCCAGUACAUUAAGUUCAUGACAGAGACGCAGCGCCGCCUGGAGGAUGACGAGAAAGCUUCAGAGAAACUGAAAGAAGAGGAGAGGAAGAGGAUGGCAGACAUUCAGGCCGAGUUAGACAAACAGAAACAGCUGGCGGAGGCUCACGCUAAAUCAGUAGCCAAAGCGGAACAAGAAGCUCUGGAGCUGAAGCUCAAGAUGAAAGAAGACGCCAGCAAGAGGCAAGAUGUCGCCGUGGAUGCUGAGAAGCAGAAGCAAAACAUUCAGCAUGAGCUGCAUCAUCUGAAGAGUCUGUCUGAGCAGGAGAUCAAGUCCAAGAGUCAGCAGCUGGAGGAGGCGCUAGUCAGUCGCACCAAAAUCGAGGAGGAGAUCCACAUAAUCAGACUGCAGUUAGAGACGACAAUAAGACAAAAGGGCACAGCCGAGGCCGAGCUACAGCAGCUCAGAGACAAGGCCGCCGAUGCCGAGAGGCUCAGGAAAGCUGCUCAGGAAGACGCGGAGAGGCUUCGCAAGCAAGUCACCGAAGAGACUCAGAAGAAGAAGAAUGCCGAAGAGGAGCUGAAACGGAAAUCUGAGGCCGAAAAAGAGGCUGCGAAGCAAAAGCAGCAAGCAAUGGAUGACCUGCGGAAAUUCAAAAUGCAAGCAGAGGAGGCCGAGAGGCGCAUGAAACAGGCCGAGGAGGAGAAGCUGAGGCAGAUCAAGGUAGUAGAAGAAGUGGCACAAAAGAGUGCCGCCACACAGCUGCAAACCCAUUCCAUGUCGUUCAGUGAGAAGACAACUAAACUGGAAGCGUCCCUUAAGAAGGAGCAGGGCACGGUUCUCCAGUUGCAGGAGGAAGCGGAACAACUCAAGAAGCAACAAGAGGAGGCUAAUAGAGCCAGGGAGCAGGCAGAGAAAGAGCUUGAAACAUGGAGGCAAAAAGCCAACGAGGCUCUCCGCUUGAGGCUACGAGCUGAAGAGGAAGCUCAGAAGAAGAGUCUGGCUCAAGAGGAUGCAGAGAGGCAGAAAGUAGAGGCCGAGCGGGACGCCAAGAAAAGGGCUAAAGCUGAAGAUGCUGCUCUGAAACAGAAGGAGAACGCAGAGAACGAGUUGGAAAAGCAGAAGACAUUUGCAGAACAGGUAGCCUUGCAAAAACUGUCUGCUGAGCAGGAAUGCAUACGACUAAAAGCCGACUUCGACCACGCUGAACAGCAGCGGGGCCUGUUGGAUAACGAGCUCAAGCGUCUGAAAAACGAGGUGAGUGCUGCCGAAAACCAGAGGAAGCAACUGGAAGACGAGCUGGCCAAAGUCCGAAGUGAAAUGGACGCUCUUCUGCAGAUGAAGAUUCAGGCGGAAAAGCAGACGAUGUCGAACACGGAGAAGAGCAAGCAGCUGCUGGAGUCUGAGGCGAUGAAAAUGAAACAGCUUGCCGACGAAGCCGCCAGGCUGAGGUCCGUCGCUGAAGAGGCAAAGAAGCAGAGGCAGACGGCCGAGGACGAGGCAGCGCGGCAGAGAGCUGAGGCAGAGAAAAUACUGAAAGAGAAACUAGCCGCCAUCAACGAGGCCACUCGUCUGAAGACCGAAGCCGAGAUCGCUCUGAAAGCCAAAGAAGCAGAAAACGACAGACUGAAAAGAAAAGCCGAGGAUGAAGGUUACCAGAGGAAGCUGCUGGAGGAUCAAGCUGCUCUGCAUAAACGAGACAUACAGGAGAAAAUCACUCACCUGAAGAGCUCAUCUGACUCUGAGUUGGAGAGACAAAAAUCAAUCGUGGAAGACACUCUGAGACAGAAGAAGGUGGUUGAAGAGGAAAUUCACAUAAUCAAGAUCAACUUUGAGAAAGCUUCUAAAGGCAAGUCGGAUUUAGAGGUGGAAUUAAAGAAGCUGAAGGCUAUUGCAGAGGAAACCCAGAAGAGCAAGCUCAAAGCCGAGGCAGAGGCCGAGAAACUUAAAAAGCUUGCUGCUGAGGAAGAGAAGAAAAGGAAAGAAUCUGAGGAGAAGGUGAAGAGGAUCACCGCAGCAGAAGAAGAGGCCGCUCGGCAGUGCAAAGCCGCUCAGGAGGAAGUCGAGCGUCUCAAACUGAAGGCUGCUGAAACCAAUAAACAGAAAGACGAGGCUGAGAAAGAGGCAGAGAAGCAGGUCAUACUGGCCAAAGAGGCGGCACAGAAAUGCAGUUCAGCAGAGCAGAAAGCCCAAGAUGUCCUCAGCAAGAACAAAGAAGACAACCUCGCUCAGGAGAAGCUGAGAGCUGAGUUUGAAAAUGCAAAGAAGCUCGCAGAGGCAGCUAAAAAGGCCAAAGAGAAAGCCGAGAAAGAGGCUGCCCUCCUCCGACAGAAAGCUGCCGAAGCUGAAAAGCAGAAGAAAUCUGCAGAGGAUGAAGCCGCAAAACAAGUCAAAGCUCAGAAAGACGCGGAGAGACUGCGGAAAGAAGCAGAGGAAGAGGCCGCCAAGCGAGCGGCCGCUGAGGCGGCGGCGCUAAAGCAGAAGCAGCAGGCUGACGAGGACAUGGCCAAGCACAAGAAACAAGCAGAACAGGCUCUCAAGCAGAAGUCCCAGGUGGAGAAGGAGCUCACAAAGGUCAAACUGCGGCUGGACGAGACCGAUAAGCAGAAGGCUGUGUUGGAUGAGGAGCUUCAGCGAGUUAAAGGUGAAGUAAACGAUGCCGUCAAGCAAAAGGCGCAGGUGGAGGACGAACUGUCCAGACUUAAGAUCCAGAUGGAUGAGCUCCUCAAACUUAAGCUGAAGAUUGAGGGAGAAAACCAGCGCCUCAUGCAGAAAGACAAGGAUAAAACACAGAAAGUGCUCGCGGAGGAAGCGGGGAAAAUGAAGAGCCUAGCAGAGGACGCUGCCAGGCUUACUGCGGAAGCGGAGGAAGCAGCCAGACAAAGACAGACCGCCGAGUCAGACUUGGCCGAACAGAGGGCACUUGCAGAGAAAAUGCUGAAGGAGAAGAUGCAGGCCAUCCAAGAGGCUACCAAACUGAAAGCCAAGGCAGAGGAGCUCCAGAAACAGAAGAACCAGGCGCAGGAAAAGGCAAAAAAACUACUGGAGGACAAAGAGCAGAUCCAGCAGCGCCUCGAUAAGGAGACAGGAGAUUUCCAAAAAUCAUUAGAAGCUGAGCGAAAGAGGCAGCUUGAAAUUUCGGCGGAGGCGGAGAAACUGAAAUUGAAGGUGAAAGAGCUCAGUGAUGCUCAGUCAAAAGCCGAAAAGGAGGUCAAGAAAUUCAAAGAACAAGCAGAUGAGGCAAAAGCGCGUCUCCAGGAGACGGAAAAACAAACUACAGAGACUGUAGUGCAGAAGUUGGAGACACAGAGGCUGCAAAGCACCAGAGAGGCUGCUGAAUUGAAGGAAGCUCUUGUUGGCAUCGAAAAUGAGAAGCAAAAAUUGAAAGAAGAGGCAGAGGAACUUCAGAAAAAAUCUAAAGAGAUGGCUCUCGCCCAACAAGAACAAAUUGAGCAACAGAAGGCCAUUCUCCAGCAGUCAUUCCACACAGAGAAGGAGCUGUUCUUGAAAAGGGAAAAGGCGGUCGAGGACGAGAAACUGAAGCUUGAGAAACAGUUUGAGGCUGAAGUCAACAAGGCUAAAGCUCUGAAAGAUGAACAAGAACGUCAGCAGAAGCUAAUGGAAGAGGAGAAGAAGCGACUUAAGGCCAUUUUGGAUGAAGCUGUAAAGAAACAAAAGGCGGCUGAAGAAGAGAUGAAAAACAAGCAGAAAGAAAUGGAAGUGCUCGAAAAGAAGAGGUUAGAAGAAGAAAGACUCCUGGGAGAGGAAAACCAAAAGCUCAGAGAGAAACUUCAGAAACAGGGUGCUUCCAAAACAAAGGACAGUAAUGUUCAGACUGAUGAGGUCCCCGAGGAACACAUAGUGGCCAUGACGAUGGUGGGAACGACCAAGAAAGUUUUCAACGGGUCUGUUGAAGUGGACGGAGCAAAAAAAGAUGCGGAAUCACCGUUUGCGUUUGAUGGAAUUAGAGGGAAAGUUCCUGCUGAAAGGCUUCAUGACAUUGGUGUCCUGACCAAGAAGGAAUUGGACAAGUUGAAAAAGGGGAAGAUCUCAGUGCAAGACCUCGGCAAGACCGAUAAAGUGAGAUCAUCUCUUAAAGGUCAGAGCUGUGUUGGAGGUGUCUUGACUCCAUCCAAACAGAAGAUGAGCAUCUAUCAGGCUAUGACUGAGAACAAGAUCACUCCUAACACUGCUACGAUGCUGCUGGAAGCUCAAGCAGCUUCUGGUUACGUCGUUGAUCCGGUGCAGAACAAACUCCUCACUGUAGAUGAGGCCGUUAAAGAUCAGCUGAUCGGCCCGGAGCUCCAUGACAGGAUGCUCUCUGCAGAGCGAGCAGCCACUGGCUUCAAAGAUCCCUAUACCGGAGCCAAAAUCUCUCUCUUUGAGGCCAUGAAGAAGGGACUUAUCGAAAAGGAGCAGGCCACCAAGUUCCUGGACGUACAGCUUGCGACUGGCGGCAUCGUUGACCCCAUCAAUAGCCACAGAGUGCCUCUUCAGACUGCCUACAAGCAGGGCCAGUUUGAUGCGGACAUGAACAAGAAACUCUGUGAUCCCAGUGAUGAGUGCAAGUUAUUCAUUGACCCCAGCACUCAGGAGCAGCUCACUUACCAACAGCUGAUGGAGAAAUGCACCAAGGACCCAGAGACAGGACUGCUGAUAUUACCAGUGACCGAAAAGGCUGCUCAGAGUGAGAGAACAUACACAGACCUGGAGACCAAAGACGUGUUCAGUGCGUCAAACGUUGUUGUGCCUUUUGGGAGGUUUAAAGGCAAAACCGUCACCAUUUGGGAAGUCAUAAACUCAGAAUACUUCACCGAACAGCAAAGAAUGGAAUUGAUUCGGCAGUACAGGACAGGCAAGAUCACGGUGGAGAAAAUUAUCAAAAUUGUCAUUACUGUUGUGGAAGACAAGGAGAAGGGCAAAGAAAACUCUUUUACCGGUUUGAGGGCUCCAGUCUCUGCCAGUGAACUGUUAGAGUCUAAGAUUAUAAACAAAGACUUGUUCAACAAACUGAGCAAUGGCAAGACGACGGUGAAAGAGAUCUCGGAGAUGGAGCCUGUGAAGAAAGCCCUACAAGGGACACCGAGCAUUGCUGGACUACUGAAUGAACCCACCAAGGAGAAAAUGUCUUUCUAUCAAGCACUGAAGAAAGAUUUACUGUCACCAGAAACUGUGUCCACCCUUCUUGAAGCUCAAGUCGCCACUGGGUUUGUUAUCGAUCCCGUUAAAAAUGAGAAGGUCUCAGUAGAUGAAGCUGUUAAGUCGGGUCUUGUGGGCCCAGAACUCCACGAACGACUCCUGUCGGCAGAGAGAGCCGUCAGCGGCUACAAAGAUCCAUACACAGGAAAGAAGGUGUCUCUGUUUGAAGCCAUGAACAAAGGCCUCAUAAAGAAGGACCAUGCUGUCCGUCUGCUUGAGGCACAACUCUCUACAGGCGGAGUUAUUGACCCUGUUAACAGCUAUCGCAUCCCACACGAGGUGGCCUGUAAGCGUGGAUAUUUUGAUGAGGAAAUCGGCAAAACCUUAAAAGAAAACACCGACGCCACUAAGGUGUUUUAUGAUCCGAACUCACAAGAGCAUUCAACCUAUGCUCAGCUCAUGAAUCAAUGUGUCCCAGACAAAGAAACUGGACUCCUAUUGCUUCCUCUUUCAAAGACGGCUGCAAAGCCAAAAGAAGAGAAGCAAAUCACAGAGGCGCAGACAGAAGAGGCUUUGAACCAUUCAAGUUUGGAGCUGGACUGUGGCUCUUUUAAAGGCAGAAAGGUCACAAUUUGGGAGAUCAUACACUCUGAAUACAUCACCGAGGAGCAAAGAAUAGAGCUGAUCCGCCAGUAUAGAAUGGGAAGAGUGACGAUUGAAAAGUUGAUGACGAUUGUGAUAACAAUGGUUGACGAAAAAGAAGACAAGGCCAAGAAAGAGGCGAGUUUUAAAGGCCUGCGAGCACCAGUCACUGCCAGUUCUUUGCUUGAUUCCAAUAUCAUUGAUAAGGCUACAUUUGACCAAAUCCAACAAGGGAAAAAGACACCUAAAGAGGUUAGUGAGACUGAUAAGGUACGUAAGUACUUGCAGGGCACAGACCGCAUUGAUGGGAUCACUAUGGGAGAUUCAAAUGAGAUGUUAUCCAUAUAUCAAGCAAUGAAGAAGAAUGUUUUGCAACAAAACACCGGGCUUGCGCUACUUGAAGCCCAAGCUGCAACAGGUUUCAUAACUGAUCCGGUCAGAAAUCAGAAAUACUCAGUGGAUGAUGCUGUGAAGGAGGGAGUUGUUGGCCCAGAGCUUCAUGAGAAACUUCUCUCAGCUGAAAAAUCGGUGACGGGAUACAAAGACCCGUAUACUGGCAAUACAAUUUCUCUAUUCCAAGCCAUGAAGAAAGAACUUGUACUGAGGGAACAUGCUAUUCCUCUCCUGGAGGCACAGUUUAACACCGGAGGGAUCAUUGAUCCAGUCAGCAGCCAUCGUGUUCCCAAUGAUGUGGCCAUUCAGCGCGGCUUUUGCAGUAAACAAAUGUCUAAGUCCUUCAAUGAGCCCUCAGGCGAUGUCAAAGGCUUCACCAAUCCCAGCACCAAUGAGAGUGUUACUUACAAACAGUUGGUUGAGAAAUGUGUAAGAGAUGCCAACUCUGGUCUGUGCUACCUGCCUCUGUCAAAGGUUGAAGCUUCUGCUCCUGUUGAGAAAUCCUAUCAGUGCACAGAGGAGCAAGCCCAAACAGAUCUAGCCAACACUCAAAUUGAGAUCCCUCAUAAGAGUUUCGAAGGAAAGACUAUGACCAUUUGGGAAGUCAUGAACUCUAAUAUGCUCCCUGUGGAGGAGAGACUUCGCCUCAUGGAGCAGUAUCGCACGGGACAAAUCACAAAAGAGAGAAUGCUAAUCAUCAUCAUUGAAAUCAUUGACCAAAGAGAGACUCUCAAGGUGGAGCAGAGCAUGUCCUGUGAUGUAAUCAGAAGAAGAAUUACUAUUGAAGAGUUGUACAGUGCUCGAAUUAUUGACUUGCAGACGUACAACCUGUUGAAACAAGAAAAGAUGACUAUUCGGGAGGUAAUGGAAAUGCCAUCGGUCAAACAGUACCUCUUUGGUACAGGUUGCAUUGCUGGAAUCAUGUCAGACAAUCCUCCAAAGAUCAGCAUUUACCAGGCUAUGAAGAACGGACAAAUUAAACCUGAAGUUGCUUUGAAUCUCCUCGAGGCCCAGGCUUCGACCGGAUUCAUGAUCGAUCCGGUGAAAGACGAACUCCUAACAGUAGAUGAAGCUGUGCGCAAGGGGCUCGUGGGCCCCGAACUCCAUGACAAGCUUCUCUCCGCUGAAAGGGCGGUUACAGGUUACAAGGAUCCGUACACCGGGAAAGUGAUUUCUCUCUUCCAGGCAAUGAAAAAAGGCCUCGUUCCUGAGGAUUAUGCCUUGAAGCUUUUGGAGGCGCAGAAUGCCACUGGUGGAUUAAUUGAUCCUGAAUACUACUUCCGCCUGCCUACAGAUGCUGCCAUGCAGCGUGGAUACAUCAAUAAGGAGACACUCGACAGAAUAUCUGAACCUGCUGCAGACGUGCAAGGCUACAGUGAUCCAGCGACCGAUGAGAAACUGUCCUACGCCCAGCUACUGAAGAGAAGCAGAGUGGAAAAAGGAAGUGGUUUGCGACUACUCUCACUAUCCGAUAGAAGGCUUCUCUUCAAGGGUCUCCGAAAGCAAAUCACUGUGGACGAGCUGCUUCGUUCACAGAUCAUCAGCCAGAAGACGUACAAUGACCUCACAGAUGGUACCAUUACAGUGGAGGAGGUCAACAGAGACGUGAGGAAAUACCUGGAGGGUACCAGCUGUAUUGCUGGUGUGUUUGUAGAAUCCAACAAAGACCGCCUUUCUAUUUACCAAGCAAUGAAGAAGAACAUGAUCCGACCAGGGACUGCAUUUGAGCUCCUUGAGGCUCAAGCCGCCACAGGAUAUGUAAUUGAUCCCAUUAACAACCUGAAACUAAAUGUCACUGAAGCAGUUAAAAUGGGUGUUGUUGGCCCAGAGUUUAAAGAUAAACUCAACUCUGCUGAACGAGCAGUCACAGGCUACAAGGAUCCAUAUUCUGGCAAUAUCAUUUCACUGUUCCAGGCAAUGAAGAAGGGCCUCAUUCUGAAAGAUCAUGGCAUUCGCCUCCUCGAGGCUCAAAUUGCUACUGGUGGAAUCAUUGAUCCACAGGAGAGCAUUCGCUUGCCAGUUGAAACAGCAUAUGAACGUGGCCUCUUUGAUGAGGAAAUGAAUGAAAUCCUCACCGACCCAUCCGAUGACACCAAGGGCUUCUUUGACCCCAACACUGAGGAAAAUCUUACCUACCUGCAGUUGAUGGAGAGAUGUAUGAUAGACCCAGAAACAGGCCUUGCUCUUCUGCUGCUGAAAGAGAAGAAGCGCGAGAGAAAGACGUCCUCCAAGUCCUCUGUUCGAAAGCGUAGGGUGGUCAUUGUCGAUCCUGAGACGGGCAAAGAGAUGUCCGUGUAUGAGGCGUACCAGAAAGGGCUCAUUGACCACCAGACAUAUCUUGAGCUGGCAGAGCAGGAGUGUGAGUGGGAGGAAAUUACAAUCACCUCAUCAGAUGGAGUUGUGAAAUCCAUGAUCAUUGACAGAAGGUCUGGUCGGCAGUAUGAUAUUGACGAUGCAAUCUCAAGGGGCCUGAUUGACAAGUCAGCUCUGGAUAAGUACCGUGCAGGAACUCUGUCCAUCACAGAAUUCGCAGACAUGCUGUCUGGCAACGCGAGCGGUGUCAGAUCCCGGUCAUCCUCGUUUGGCUCCUCUUCCUCUUACCCCAUGAGCCCAAUACCUUCUAUCAAAGUACCAGCAACCACAUGGAACGACCCAACUGAGGAAACUGGCCCUGUGGCUGGAAUCUUGGACACAGAAACACUGGAGAAGGUGUCAGUCACAGAGGCUAUACACAGAAACCUUGUAGACAAUAUAACAGGUCAAAGGUUGCUGGAAGCUCAGGCCUGCACAGGUGGUAUUAUCGACCCAGAUACAGGAGAGAAAUUUGCUGUUGUGGAUGCAAUGAACAAGGGCCUUGUGGAUAAAAUCAUGGUUGACCGCAUCAGUCUGGCCCAGAAGGCGUGCAAUGGAUUUGAGGAUCCCAGAACCAAACUCAAAAUGUCAGCAUCUCAAGCUCUAAAGAAAGGCUGGCUAUACUACGAGGCUGGCCAACGGUUCCUGGAGGUCCAGUAUCUCACAGGUGGAUUAAUUGAACCAGAUGCCACCAACAGAGUCCCCAUAGACGAGGCCGUGAAGAAGGGCACCUUAGAUGCCCGCACUGCUCAGAAGCUACGAGAUGUUAGUGCAUACUCAAAAUACCUCACGUGCCCUAAAACCAAGCUGAAGAUCUCUUACAAGGAUGCUAUGGAAAGGAGCAUGAUAGAGGAGGGGACCGGUCUGCGGCUCCUCGAAGCAUCGGUCCAAUCGAGCAAAGGCCUGUACAGCCCCUACAGCGCCAGUGGGUCAGGCUCCGCCUCCGGCUCGCGGUCCGGCUCGAGAUCUGGUUCCAGAAGAGGCAGCUUUGAUGCCACAGGAUCAAGUUUCUCCACAACCUUCUCUUCCUCGUCCUAUGGAUCACCAAGCUAUGGCCGCCGAUACUAACGACUUAAAAGCAGUGAUGUUCCAUGGAAAGGCUACGCUAAAAGGCCACAGUGCUCACCAGAUGCCUACUCAGUGGAGCAUAGACUACUUUUAUCCUGCUCUGCAUGUGGUUGCUUCAGGACUACAAUGAGUCGCUUGUUUAUUUUACGUAUCACAUUUACUUUUAGUCAUGUCUCGGGCUUUCUGAUUUUCAUACUGUGAGCAGCACACGCCAGAGCUGUUCAUUAUUAUCACAAACGUUGUAUAUGAUAUCAUUCUUGUUUGGAUUUUUUUUUUUAAGUUUAAGGAACCACCGUUCAACGAACAGUAUUCUAUUUACGAUGUUGUGCGUGUUACACUAUAACUGCUCAUUACCUGAUUGAACCAAGCGAACAUUUCUGUAUAGUUGUAAAUUUCUGAAUAUUUGGGGGUGAAAAAGUCCACAAAAGAAAGAUAAAUGCCGCUGUGCAGAGCAGAAUAAGGAGUCUCUCACUAAGAUGAAUAAACACUAAGACUGACAAGCUUCAAGAUCUUUUCUCUCCUGGGCUACACUGCUGCAUACACUCUACUACUAUACAUCUCUUUCCCAUCAUCUACACCAUUCCCAGUCGUCUGGCAUAUAACCUGGAGUACAGCAACAUGAUAACCUUAUGUAACCUAUUAAGACCACUAGCACCAUCCGACGGAGACAUCACACAAGCCCCGGCCUUUCUGAACACAUUAAAAAGAUAUUGUUCAGCUCCAGCUCUUUGCUCAGAUUUCUUCCAGUAGACUUCCGCCUUGAUUUUAAUCCAUGAGUUUAUCAAACCGUAACAGAAACAAAUGCUCAUAUGAUAUUUCAUACUCAUACAUGUUAUUCAUACCAUGAUUUGUAGACGCCUGCAAUAUACUCUGAAUUGGGCUGUUGAGUAUAGUAACAUGGUGCAGUGAUUGCACACAAACUGGCUCGUGCAUGACUAAAGCUCCCCAUGCUGGUCUGAUUACUGUGCUAUCAGUUUCGCCUUAUCGACAGUAUCUAACCAUGCCAAUGUCAUAAAUGUGUGCACACAGGGCUAAACUGUACUGUUUGAAUGUUUAAUAGCUACAAAUUCCCCCCUCCCUCCACCCUCCAAACCCUACACAGAUAUUAAUGUAAUAUAUGUACUAUACAUCGAGGAUUGAGAAAACUCUUUAAGCUUUGCCACCAGACCCAGUGUUUGUAUUUUUCCACAGCUCAUCCUUAUUUUAAUUCUCCUUUGUAAAGCAACACAUAUCAUUUGUAUCAUUUUAUAUUCCUACUCUUUAUUUGUGCUUUGCAUGAUUUACUAACAUUCAAAAAGGUGCAAACUAAAUAAACUAAAUCAUUAAAACAGUUGUUUUACUAUUAAGUUUUCAAAAGGUUUGAAGGAUGUAUUUUAAUGAGGGUUGUCAAACCAUUUCGAAAAGGGUGUAUUUAUAAUAAAAUGGUGACAUGGAAUUUUAUUGUAACAUCGUACGCUAUGUAAAUAAAGAUGAAAAUGAAUGUUU